GAAAACUUCCGAAAUACUUAUUUUAGUAGGAACAUACAAACAUGAGAUAAAUUCUGACAGUGAUAGUGCAUGUGUUUUUCAUGCAUCCAGUUUACGCGGUAUGCAUAUGUCAGAUGAAUAUGUCCGUAGUGUUAUAAGAGAAAGCCAAUAAACAGGAUACCUCCCUAGUUAGCCAAUCAUCGAUAUGAAUUCAUAAUGCAAUUUUCCAGACAGAUGAUAUAUAAAUCUCAAUCAUUCUAACCAUCACAAAAACAAAAGAAUAGAUCACGCAAAGUUGCAGAGGAAUUUAGAUUUCCUCAUUUGAAAACUAAUACACAACAUCACAUCCAGUUGUUUCCCAUCGUUAUUAUGAAAUCUGAAGUAAAUAUCCUGCUCGUGAUUCUGUUAGUUAUAGUCAGUACAGAUUACGCUCUCUCUGCUAGUUGUUACACAUGCAACCCUUGUCCAAUACCAUUCGACGCUUCAUCCCAUCUGGUUAGAAAUGAAAGUGGAUGUGUAUGGUGUGCAAAAAUUUCAGUUGGUGAAUCAACAAUUCCGAUCAGAGAAUGUCAGUCUGCUUGUGGAUUUGAAGUCUGGAGGAAACGAUAUAAUCAAUUCUCUUAUUCGUGUUGCACUCGCGACUAUUGCAACACGAGUUUACGCAGCUGCUCAGCGCACCAGAUACUACUGGUGGUUAUCUCGAUAGUCGUUUCUUCCUAUAUUUAUAAGAAACAAUGAAAUAAUCACAAUAAGACAAUGUUGGUACACCCGACGCUCUUUUUAUAUGAGUAAUAACAAAUAUUAACUCAUCCUUCUUUAUCACGCACUUCUAUUCUCAUAUUUGUUGUGAUAAUUCCAAACACAUUUAGUCUGCAUGUAACUGUGGUCAAGCAUUUUGUAGAGGGAUAAAGGCUUGGUGCAUAAAGUACAUUGCAUAGAAUUCCAUUCAGUUCAGCUUUCGUAUUAACAUAAAAAUAAUAAUUUGGAGAAAUACA